AUGGCUUAUACCUGGGCGUUACUCGAUAAGACUCUUAGUCUUAUUCGCAAGGAGGCAGCCGUCAUAGAGCAGGAAAGGCUCUCCAGGGACCUUUUGGAAGGGUAUCUUAGAUACCAACUGAGGGUCAGAAGAUCGAGUGGCCUACGGGUGAUAAACGAGAUCGAUGACGACGAAACGGGCGACUUCGAACCUGGGGAGGACGAAAGAAAAGCGAAAAAGAAGCCAAAGGCAAAAAGAAAGGCCGCUGGCGAGAUCAGCGAGCGUCCUGCAACGAGAGCUAAGUUCGAAGACGGGCAGGCAUUGGAAAGUCCCGAACCCAACCACGCGAGAUUGCGCCCAAGUGACGUCGGAGUGGGAUCUGGGGAAAAUGAGAUGCAAAAAUCUGAGCGUCCUCUGCUCCUGGACAAUUCUGAUGAAGUGCCCCAUAACCGUUCAGGGUUGGCCGAUUCCAGUGACCUAAAAAAUGUUCAUCAUCUCACAAUCAGUAAAUCAUCCAUCCUAAACGUUGCGGCAUCAAAUGUUGGAGCAGGAAUACUGAACGAUCUGAUACAGGACCCAAUGUUCUCAAUGGCGAGACCAUGGGGAAACAUCACCGGACUAUCCCUGAAUUCCAUCAUCAGUAUCCCCCACGAGUCCUACCAGUCCUACCCCAGCCGCCUGCAUUUCCCAUUUCAGCGCCGGGCCCCGAUUGCAAGACCAAAACGGCGGCUUAUGAUACAAUCAUCCGAAUAUAGUCGGCGUGCCGAAGGAAAAGCCGACUCGACCUGCCCAGAGCUCAAAUCAUCUCACAUCGUUUGCACAUCCCAUCGACUUUGGUUAUUUCCCUCCGCCGGACGGAUCACAGCCAUGUCACUAGUGCUACGACCUUCACCUACGGUGUUUCUGGGGCUUGAGCAGCUCCAGAUCAGAGUGAAAGAGCGGCCAGACGGGCAAGGAUACAUCGAACUCGAGGACGGCCACGCCAUACGGGGGAAAGAUCCAAGCAGAAUGUGCGGUAGCUGCACAAAGGAGCGCGUGGUAGCCGUUGAGUGCACAUCGCAUGCCAUGCGGCCCAUCGAAGGUGUAGAUGCCCAGACAUUCGACCUCACAAAAGCAUUCAAAACGUUGUUUGCAGACUUAGGAGAGGGCCGUUGUGUUAAAAGAAACCCUUGGUGCGCCAUAUGCAUCAGUCCCGCGUUUUAUCAAUGCGUUGGACGACGGGGCAAAGCUGGUACUCGAGGGGGGUGCGGUCUCUUGCUUUGUGAUAGUUGUGCGUGGUUGGUGCAUUCUCAUGAUGGCGAUAUUUCUGGAGUGAUUGAAGCGGUCCAAGAUGCCGGUGGUAAUCUGAGGGCCGAUGCAGAGUUCCUCCUCCCCAAGGGCGAGCUGUACCGAAGAUAUAUCACUGAUAACGCUGAAGAAGAGAGCGAGCAGAGCUGA